AUGAUUCUCCGCUCCAUGGCGUGGGCCUCAAUGUCGAUAUUAUCCCUGUCUGGGGUAACGGCAGCAUCAAGUUCCUGCACUAAAGAGACGUUCUCGUCUCUCGACUUAAGCAACAUCAAUAUACUGUCGCUCAACGUCACCGCUGCACACAACUUUGCCACCAAUGCUUCACUAUCCAGUGGAACUACCUCAGCACCCGUAGGCCAAAUGCCAGCGACGGUAGAGAUCUGCAUCGUGUCAUUGCAGUACACACACCAUGGGCAGAACGACAUUGUCAAUACCUACAUCGGACUGCCUCUUAAUGCCAAAAGCUGGAACUCACGCUUUCUCAUGAAUGGGGGUGGUGGAUGGGUAGCUGGAGGGCUUGAUGAAAUUAUAGCUCCCGUCGCUGCCGGAUACUCAUCCGCCUCGACCGAUGGGGGACACAAUAGUACCGCCUCAACGGCGGACUGGGGCUUUGUGAGCGAAGGCAAUACCAACUGGCCGGCACUGUGGGAUUUCUCCAGUGUGGCACUAGGCGAGGCAGCUGUACUUGGGAAGCUGGCUACGGAGAUCUACUUUGGUUCGCCGCCCAAGUACUCGUACUGGAAUGGAUGUUCCACUGGCGGUCGACAGGGACACAUGAUGGCCCAGAGAUUCCCGACCUACUUUGAUGGUAUUGUGGGAGGCUCUCCGGCUAUCAAUUGGGAUAAAUUCCAACUGGCCGAGUUCUGGCCUGCUUUCCUGGCGCAACUUCUUGAUACACAGCCGCCUGCAUGUGUCCUUGAUGCAUUUACGGAUGCUGCCAUCGAAGCCUGUGAUCUGCUGGACGGAGUGAAGGACGGAAUCAUUUCUCUUCCGGGUCAAUGCCAUUAUGAAGCGUCGUCGAUGGUUGGCCAGACAGUAAAUUGCAGUGAUCCGGAUGGGCAGAUUACAAUUACGGACAAGAUGGCUGAGCUAGUCCAAGGCAUGUGGGAUGGACCCAUAUCACUCGAAGAUCAAUUCGAGUGGUACGGACUGGCUUAUGAUGCCGAUCUAACAGCCCUCCUUACUACGACCUGCACAUCGGUUGAUAACUGUACUGUGACACCUUUUAGUAUCAGCGCCGACUGGGCCCGAAUUUUCUUGGCCAGAAACUCGUCCUUUAGUGUCCAAGGCCUAACGCGACAAGACUUUGACGAUCUCUACCGCGAAUCAGUCGACCAAUAUGCUUCUGUUAUUGGAACGUGCAAUCUUGACUUGACAGGGUUCAAGAUUGCGGGAGGAAAGAUGAUUUCUUGGCAUGGAAUGCAAGACGAGUUGAUUCCGACCAACGGUACCGUGGAUUAUUACAGCCGGGUGAUGGAGUUGGAUCCCAGUGUGGCAGACUAUUACCGCUUUUUCCUGGCACCUGGAGUUGCUCAUUGCGAGGGGGGUAACGGAUUCGAUCCCAAUGAUUAUGUGUUUGAGACGCUCCGGGCAUGGGUUGAGAACUCAACAGUGCCUGACACUUUGGAAGCCACUGCUGUAGCAGUGGCUGGCUCGAACAGCAGCUCAACUCGCACGGCGUAUCUUUGUCCUUAUCCGAAGAUCUUCACCUAUGUUGGUGGAGAUCCGAAUGAUGCGUCGUCUUUUAGCUGUGCUUGA